AUGAGAGGGUUUACUCCUUGCAAUUUUAGUCCUGCUGAUGGCAAAAAUUUUUCAUGGCUUGAUUACUAUGUGCAAACUCCCAUUAGAGAACAGACGUCUGCGUCAUGUAGUCCCUAUUCCAUCAUUGCUGCCAUUGAACUCGCUCAUCAAAUUCAUUCCGGGGAAUGCGUUGUCUUGUCAGACCAGUACCUCAUAGACAUUGGGUCUCGGUAUGGAUCUCGGUAUGUCGAAAAGGCCCAGGAUGGAAGUAUACAUCGAGAAUUUGCAAAUCACUUUCAAGCAAUACCAUGGGCUUUGAAGAAGGGGCAUCAUGUCUACAGAAAUAGACCAGACUUUGAUCCAUUUGAGCUUGAUCAUAAGGGAAAUCCAAAGAUAAUGGGUCAUGUUGUAGUUGCUAUUGGUUGGGAAUACUCCAAUGGCAAGCUAUCAUUUCUCAUCCAAAACUCUUAUGGAAAGAGUUGGGGUCAUGGAGGAUACGGAUUUAUUCAUGAAUCAUGCUUAGAUCUCAAUUGGACAUUGAUUCCAACCGUGAAGGAAGGAUACAAGGUUUAUGCAACUUCAUUCAAUGAUAUUCCUGAAGUGUCAAUCACAACUGAUUGGAUAUACCACACUUCUGCUCCACAAUUCUGA